UACUUGCAGGAAAAUUCUCCAAGUAAAGACAAGACAUUUAAGGUACACAUCACUCCAUGUAAAGUAAUCAGAAUUCAGGAAUCCGGGAAAUUUUGUUUGUGGAAUCCAGAAUCAUGUGAAAUUUGUUCUUGUGGAAUUUUAAAUCCUGGACUUGGGAAUCCGGAAUUCAGCUCAAGAAAUUCGGAAUCCCGCUAACGAUUGAAAUCCGGAAUCCAAGUUCCACUAACAAGGAAUCCGAAAUUCAAUACCUGGAAUUUGGAUUACACAGCGUGGAAUCUAGAAUCCAAGACUGUCUUGCAUUUCCUUACAGAACAAGUCAUAAUGAACUUUACUGACAGUAGCGAGCUAACAAAUAGAUCAUGGAAAAUUAACGGUUCCCAAUUCUUGCACGAGAAUUCUCCAAAUAAAGACAAGACAUUUAAGUUACACGAAUGAGCUGCUUUGCAGACAGCAGCGAACUAAUAACCUCUUUAUUGGUAUUUCCGACGAAAUCGAAGUCACGGCGGCGGUCGCUAUAUUGACGAAACGACGAUAUUAGAGAUUAAAGCGACGACUGUUUUCCCAUUUCGAUCACGUUCAUUUGAUCUGACAGCAUGAGUCUUACGAUAGCGAAAAACAAAUCUACCGAACAGGGUGCUGCACGUUCAGAGUUGAAACGGCGGUCAUUGUGGUGUACCCAACCAAUCCUGUGUGGGACUUGAACCUAAUUCUUAUGAAAAAACUUUCUUUUGUUCGAGUAAAUAUGUGGAAGGAAGACGCUUUCUCUAUUUAGACUAAAUGGUUAGGGCGCAUGAUGGAAUAUCAAGAGGGCAGGGAGAGGUGGUGAUAGGUAUAUAUAGGUGGGGAUAGGUAUAUAGGAGACAACCUCGUUCCCAGGGUUCUCUCCUACAAGCAGAGAGAACCUGGGAACGAAGUUGGGUAGGAGUUUCGGCCGCUUCGUUCUAAGCGCAUCCUCCGAGACCAAGGGGCAGCUACAAUCCUCGGCAAAAAUCUUGAAACACUUCCUCAGUAGUGAUUUGGGUAUUACAGUAUACAGUGGUCUCAGUGCUUCAAAAUACGCGUGGCUCAACAUUGGGGAGGGAGAGGGCACAUCAUGACAGUGAGAACAAAAGUGUGAGGGGUAAAAAUCUCAAGAAUUUUCCAGAAAAUUCAAGAGAAACGGUGUCUGUUUCAACGAUUUGUGACGAGUAUUGCAGUCGAAACCAUUCUAUCGUAACUACUAGCUGCCCCUGGGUCUCCGAGGAUGUUCUAAUCAUUAUGAACUUAUCCCAACAACAGUUGUGAUAUUUAUGUUAACCCUUUUAGCCACAAGAGUGACCAAUAUCAAUUUCCUCCUAACAAUUUCAACAUAUUAUUAAGAGAAAAGGUUCAGAGAAUUUAUAAAAGAGGAAAAUGCUUUUAUCCUUCAUCAUAUUCUUGUCUCCAAACAGGAGUCCAAACAAUAAUUUCUUAGCAGAUAUAAAGGAAUGGGCGCCAUGAACUUUUGAAUGAGGUGGAAGAAACUGCGAGCGUGGUUUACAAGGACAUUCUUGACUGGAUUUAG